AUGGCUGUUUUCUGGACAAAACCGCUGGCUCCAAUUCCCUCUGCCACCUUCAUCUGCAUCUUCUUCUUCUUUAUUCCCUCUGAAUUCGCGAGACUCCAUAGCCUGGAAGUUUCUCCGUCCGAAUUCAUAGGCUCCGUGAGAACAAUAGGUGAUGUUUUGCAAAAUGUUACCUCCACUCUCAAAUCUGAGUCCAUUAAUGUCGAAAGUGAGUUUCCUCUUUCUGAUGCCGUUUUAGCAUGUCUGGAGUUGUUGGACUUGUCAGCUGAUGAACUCAGCUGGUCCAUUUCCGCUGUUCAAAAUCCCCAAGGGAAGCAUAACAGUACUGGGAAUCUGAGCUCUGAUUUAAGGACAUGGAUAAGUGCUGUACUUGCGAACACAGACACGUGCAUGGAUGGUUUGGAAGGUACAAGUGAGAAUGUGAAAAGUUUGAUAUCCAACGAAAUUGAGGAAGCAAAGUGGUUGCUCCAAAAGCUGGUGAACCAGGUGAAGCUUGUUUCGGAUGAUUUCGGAAGCGACAGAUUUCCUUCAUGGGUUGAACCACUUCUGCAGAGAAAAAAGGUGGAUGCAGAUGCUGUAGUUGCUGCAGAUGGGAGUGGUGAUUUCACAAAGGUGAUGGAUGCUGUGAAUGCAGCUCCUGAAUAUAGCAUGAGACGCUUUGUGAUACACAUAAAGAAGGGUGUGUACACUGAGAAAGUUGAGAUUAAGAAGAAGAAGUGGAACCUUGUGAUGAUUGGAGAGGGUAUGGAUGUUACUGUGAUCUCCUUUAACCUCAGUCAUACUGAAACAUUAAGCACACUCAGGACUGCUACCUUUGCUGUGAAUGGGAGAGGGUUCAUAGCAAGAGACAUUUCCUUCAGGAACACUGCAGGACCCCAAAGAAACCAAGCUGUUGCUCUGAGAUCAGACUCUGACCUUUCUGUGUUCCACCGAUGUGGGAUUUUUGGCUACCAAGACAGCCUCUAUGCCCACUCCUUGCGCCAAUUUUACAGAGAAUGUACAAUUAGUGGCACAGUGGAUUUCAUAUUUGGACAUGCCAAAGCAGUGUUCCAGAACUGCACAAUAUUGGUAAAAAAAGGCUUACAAGGCCAGAAGAACACAAUCACAGCUCAAGGAAAAGCUUACAUUUCUCAAUCAUCUGGUUUCUCCAUCCAAUUCUGCAACAUUUCAGCAGAUUAUGACCUUCUUCCCUCACUUAACACCACCUCAACCUACCUUGGAAGACCCUGGAAGAAUUAUUCUAGAACAGUCUUCAUGCAGUGUUACAUCAGUGAGGUGUUAAGACCAGAAGGGUGGCUAGAGUGGGAUGGACCAUUGUAUUUGGACACUUUGUUCUUUGGUGAGUACAAGAAUUAUGGAGCAGGAGCUAGGCUAGAUAACAGGGUGAAAUGGCCAGGGUACCAUGUGAUAAAUGAUUCUAGCCAGGUUUACAACUUCACUGUGGCCAAUCUCAUUUUGGGGGAUCUAUGGUUACCUUCAACAGGUGUAACAUACACUCCUGGAUUUGGGGAUUAA